AGCGGGUGAAGAAGCGAUGGCCGUGUUUUUGGACGCUGAGUUCCCUCUGAUCAAGCAGAACCAGCAGAAGGUAGAUCUGAAGAUGCUGUUUGGAGAACAGGAGGCCUGCAAAGAUGGUCGGAGUGAGAGCACUGCGUCCUCUCAGGAGCCAGACAGAUGCCCGGCUUUGACGGAGGGCCAAAGGAAAAGGAAGAGGACCAUAUUUAGUCGCGCCCAGCUGUCUGAGCUGGAGCAGGCCUUCGCUGUGACUCCGUACCCGGACAUCACCCUCAGGGAGAGGCUGGCUGCACACACACACCUGCCAGAAAGCAAGAUACAGGUCUGGUUUCAAAACAGAAGAGCCAGAAGUAUCAAAACAGGCAGACUCAGCAGACCCACCAAGUCUGACUGGGGAGGUCGGGGUUUCCUGGAGUCCUCUGCUGGACAUGGGGCCUCCACUUGCCCAGCCACAACCAGCCUGGCAGAUAUAUUCAGGCAGGAUCAGAGCCACUCCUGUGAGGAGGUGCCUCCGCUUUACUCAGACUGGAUCCAGAUUUAUAGCAACCAGGCAUCGUCCACGCCUCCUUCAUGUCCGUCUCUUCCUCAGCAUCCCCAGCCGAAGCUGCUCCAGAGCUGCUCCAAAAUGCAAGACAGUCACCGCUGGGAUGAAGAGCAGCAACUGGGCUCGAGAUUCAGCAGUUUCAUUACUGGCUCAUUUCCGCAGCCAAUCAGCAGGCAGAGUCAUCACCAUCCCUCCACAUGCUCGUACCAGGCGUUUACGAACUUCAAAACUCAGAGCCUGGCUCCACCUCUGACCCAUCAGCACAUGUAUGGAGGCAACACAGGAGCUGGAGGACACAGCUCAGUAGACCAGGUUGUCCCUUCACACCCUCAACCAAUGUACUGGGAGGUCACACAAGGUCAAGGGCACCGCCAUCAACAUCAUCAUCAUCCACAAAUAGGACCUCAGACUUCCAUGGGCUACAUCUCAGAUCUCAUCUACAAUGCCGCCAUUGUGACCAAUUUUCUUGAGUUUUGAUGACCAAUGAACAUAUUUGGACCCAUUCCUGUCCAAUUUAGUAAUUGAUUAAUCAUUAACUGGAGUAUACAGAAUUAAAAAGGGAAAUUUUGCUGAAAGAGCAACACAGAUAUUAAGCCAAAACUGUACAAAAAAUAUACACAUUUUGCAAAAAAAAAAACUCCCACCUUUGUAUAUGAAUACCCUAAACUCAUCGAGUGGCACAGCUUCACUGGGUUCAAAUUCUGUAUAAAAAAAUCCAUCUGGUAUCUAAUUAUUAGAUCAGCUCUACACUGUAAGGAUUUUAAGUAAAGCAGAAAUAUUUUUCAGGUGCGGAUGCAUCCUUUGCUACAAACGAUCAAGUAUGCAAUAAAUGAAAAUACACUUGUUUUAUUAUAUUUUAGGCAAUAAAAUGUUUAUUUUUUUAUUUAAACAAUUGAUGGAUUCAUGUUUAUUCUAUCUUUUCAUGUAGUAUUUCUAAAAUUGCUUUUAAAAGACUGAAGUGGUUAAAUAUUUUUAAUCUGAUUAAUCGACAGAACAAUCUAUUACUAUAGAAAUAGUAAUAGAUUAUUAAUAUAAUCUAAAACCGCCAAGCUUGUUUUUGUUUCUGUCCUUCUUGCCUGCUGAUUUUAUACCAGACUGUUAAAUAGUGCUGCUGUUGUUGUCUGUCAGGUUGUCAUGCUGUUUUGUAAUCAAUAUAAAAAAUGAAGGCAAUGUCCCUCGCCUCCAUCGUAAUAAUGUUUGUCUGAAGUAUUUUUAG